ACUGGAACGCAGUUCGUGCAAUUAAGGCAUCUCAUAUAAUGAAGGCGUUCGUAGUGUUGUCCAUGGCUUUGGCCGUUGCCUCCUGUGCGGCAGUUGACGAUUCUUCCAAGAAGGACAAACGAGGCCUCUGGGAGCUGGGAUACGGUCACGAUUCCCACGAUUUUGACGACCAUCACCAAGAAGUUAAGCAUGUCUCAACCACCAUCACCAAGAACGUUGCAGUCCCGUACCCAGUUGAGGUCGUUAAGCAUGUUCCAGUUGAAGUGAAGGUCCCAUACCCGGUGCAUGUCGAGAAGAAGGUUCCAGUCUACGUGGAGAAGAAAGUGCCAAUCUAUGUGGAAAAGAAGGUUCCAUACCACGUUGACCGCCCAGUCCCAUACCCAGUCGAAGUGAAGGUCCCAGUUGUCCACAAGGAAUACGUCGAAGUGCCAAAACCGUACGCAGUUCAUGUUGAGAAGCCCGUUCCAGUGUACGUCCAGAAGCCGGUUUACAUCGAGAAGCAUGUUCCAGUGACCGUGCACAUCAAGGAGCACAAGAAGAAGCACUGGGGACUGUUCUAAGCGAUGAUCUGUCUGUUUGUGUGUGAUGAAUUGUGAAUAAAUG